AUGGCGUGGCAUUGCGAUGUUACAGAUGAUAUCAGAGCCGAUCACCGAGUCUCUGAGCGCGGUGGUGGGACAAACCUCAACGAGAAUACUGAGUCCCUAGGGAGGGUGCGUGUAGGCACCUUAGGCGAAUUCCACAUUGGCCAUGCAAAAGAGGAAGAUCUAGGAUCAGUUAUAAGGUCGCAUCAUGAAGAGGGCAUCAUGUGCUCAAGGGGGGAGAAUGAAAUACCCCAAGAACCUGGAGAAUGGCGGGAAUAUCGUGCCAGUCUGGGUGUCGGGAGUACUGGCCUGGGAGAGCUUUGGCUCGGUUUAAAGAUUAGCUUGGGGGAAACCCGAGGUAAAGACCUUGGGGAACUGCAUAAACGGGUAGUAGCCGCGGCGUCCCCUCCCCUCUGCCAGCAACCGUGGUCCUUAAGUGUCCUCUCCAACAACGGCAUCUCUCUAUCGCUGGUUAACAUGGAUAAUAAUAAAACUCUAAAUAUGAAUGCAACUAUCAAUAGUUCUGAUGAAGAAAUUAGUAAUCAAGACUUGGAUUUUAGUGAUGAUGAGAAAUCUCCUGUAGUUGAUGAAAGGUGCCGGGGUUCAAAUGAUCAGUUUGAAAUAGAUAUAGAUUGCGAGGUAGAACAAAAAAUUGGAAUGACAUUUGACACAACAAAAGAAGCAUAUGACUUCUAUAAUAGAUAUGCAAGACAGGUUGGCUUUAGUGUGAGGAUAUUAAGAACAAACAAGAACAAAAAUAAAAUCCAACGACAAGCACUGGUUUGUUCAUGUGAGGGCACUUCUAGAAAAGUCAAGACACCUGAAAGAAAAAGAGAUAGUCGGCGGUUUAAUUGUAAGGCAAAUUUUGUGAUUAAAAGAAUUCCCAAUGAUAAGUAUAGACUAAUUGAGUUCAAGUCGGAGCAAACUCAUGAUCUUGUCCCACCUGAGCAUUCCCAUUAUUUGAGGUCCCAUAGGAAAAUCGAUUUUUCACAAGUUGAAUUUAUGAACAAAAUGCGUUCAUCUGGAAUAAGACAAGGACAAAUUUUCUCUUACAUGUGUGAAGAAGCUGGUGGAGCCCAAAAUCUUAAUUUCACAAGAUCUAAUUGCAACAAUUUAUUACAAAGAACACGGGCUAAAUUUUUCAAGAAAGGUGAUGCCGAAUGUCUCCUUGAAUACUUCAAACAAAAGAAAGGGGAAAACAAACAUUUUUUUUACUCUUUUCGAACUCGGGAAGAUGGUGAGAUACGCAGUGUAUUUUUGUGUGAUGCAAAAUCGAGGUGUGAUUAUGGGUUAUUUGGUGAUGCAAUAUGUUUUGAUACAACAUUUCGGACAAACAAUUAUGACAUGUUAUGUGCACCAAUUGUUGGCAUCAACCAUCAUGGGCAAACAUCACUUUUUGGAUGUGGUCUACUUGAUGGUGAGACAAUUGAUGCAGUAAUGUGGUUGUUUACUACUUUCUUUGAGGCUAUGGGAGGGAAAAAACCAAGAAGCAUAUUUAUAGAUCAGUCUGCAGCUAUAUCAAGUGUUAUUGAUACGGUAUUGCUUGAAGCCCACCAUGGAUUGUGUUUGUGGCAUUUAUGUCAAAAUGCUGCAAAGAACUUGAGUAAUAAUGGAUAUAAAUCAUUUGCACCACAAUUCAAAGCUUGCAUUUAUAAUCCUGAAACAGUUGAAGAAUUUGAACAAAGUUGGGACAAAUUGCUUGAAGAUAAUGGGCUAAGAGGUAAUGAGUGGUUGCAAAGAACAUAUGAGUUGAGAAAGAAAUGGGCUCAAGUGUACAGUCGGGCUCACUUUUGUGCUGGCAUGACCACUUCACAGAGAAGUGAGAGCAUUAAUAAGUUUUUGAAGGAUUAUUUUAAUCAUGGUAGAAUUGUUCUUUGGGAAUUUGUUUUGAUGGAGUUCAGAUCCAUGGAGCUCAUGGUUUUCUAUUACUGCAAUUUCUAA